AUGGUUUUAGCGGCCGUGGGGCAGCUAUGUUCGACUAGCAACAUAACUUCGAACCUAGCUCAGUGCAAGGUGUUGGUUCGAAAGGCUGCUGCAGCAGGUGCCAAGGUGCUGUUUCUUCCAGAGGCAUCAGACUAUAUCGCAUCCUCGGCAGAGCAAUCCUACUCCCUCGCCCAGUCUGAAGAGAGGGCUAGCUUUGUGUCGUCCUUACAGAAAGAUGCCGAGGAACAAAAAAUCCACAUCAAUGUUGGAAUUCAUGAAGUAGCCUCUGAAACCAGGCUCAAGAAUUUAUUGAUUUGGAUCGAUGAUAAGGGAAUCAUCUCCCAAAAGUACCAGAAGGUCCAUCUUUUUGACGUUGAUAUCAAAGACGGACCUGUACUCAAGGAGAGCGCGAGCGUCCAGCCUGGACAACAACUCUCUAGGCCAUUUGACACACCUGUAGGGCGUGUUGGUCUGAGCAUUUGUUUUGAUUUGCGUUUUCCAGAGAUCAGCCUGGCAUUGAGGCGGCAGAAUGCUGAAAUCAUCACAUAUCCAUCGGCAUUCACUGUUCCGACGGGAAAGGCUCAUUGGGAGCCCUUGCUACGAGCAAGAGCUAUUGAGACCCAGUCAUAUGUGAUUGCAGCUGCGCAGGCAGGCCCCCAUAAUGAGAGGAGACGAAGCUAUGGUCAUUCUAUUAUCAUCAACCCGUGGGGUGAAGUGGUGGCAAAGCUGGGGGAUGAGUACCAGGAACCACAAAUCGCGACCGCCGAUAUUGAUCUCGAUCUUGUGGCGAAGAUUCGGCGUGAAAUGCCGUUGCUUCGGAGAACUGAUCUAUAUCCAGAAAUUUGA